UCGUGACUGAAAAUGUUCUUGAAAAUAUGGCUUUUGGCAAUUUUUUUCGUCCAUUUUGGAUGUGCAAAGCCCAAUCUCCUCCCAUCGUACCAAAUCUCCGAUCUUGACCAAAUUCUUCAACGUCAUCAUAUUCCUACACCAGAUGUUAAAUACACAAAUGCUUUUCAAAAUUUCCUGGUCAAAUACCUCAGAGAAUACCCUAACGAGUAUGAAAUUGUGAAGAGAUUUACAAUUUUCUCCAGGAAUUUGGAUUUGGUUGAGAGGUACAACAAGGAAGAUGCUGGAAAAGUGACCUACGAGUUGAAUGACUUUUCUGAUUUAACUGAAGAAGAAUGGAAAAAGUACUUAAUGACUCCAAAACCAGAUCACUCAGAAAAAUCACUAAAACCUAAAACUUUAAUCGACAAAAAGAAUCUUCCAAAUUCAGUUGAUUGGAGAAAUGUCAACGGGACAAAUCAUGUAACAGGAAUAAAAUAUCAAGGACCAUGUGGAUCUUGUUGGGCAUUUGCAACAGCUGCUGCAAUUGAAUCGGCCGUAUCAAUUAGUGGUGGAGGUCUGCAGAGUUUGUCUUCUCAACAGCUCCUAGACUGCACUGUUGUAUCUGACAAAUGUGGAGGUGGUGAGCCAGUUGAAGCUCUCAAAUAUGCUCAAUCCCAUGGAAUUACCACUGCUCAUAACUAUCCAUACUACUUUUGGACUACAAAAUGUCGUGAAACUGUACCAACUGUUGCUCGAAUCUCUAGUUGGAUGAAAGCAGAAAGUGAAGAUGAAAUGGCUCAAAUAGUUGCUCUGAAUGGUCCAAUGAUUGUUUGUGCUAAUUUUGCGACGAAUAAGAACAGAUUCUAUCACAGUGGAAUUGCAGAGGAUCCGGAUUGUGGGACAGAACCAACCCACGCAUUGAUUGUCAUUGGAUAUGGUCCCGACUACUGGAUUCUGAAGAACACUUACAGUAAAGUAUGGGGAGAAAAGGGUUAUAUGAGAGUGAAAAGAGAUGUCAAUUGGUGCGGAAUUAACACCGAAAAACCACUUUUGCCUAUUUUGUAAUUUGUUUUUUAAAAUAUUGUCCUAAAUUUGGAAUAAAUAUUUUAACAGC